CAAUUUAAAGUUGGAUUUGGGGACUGUUUCUUUUGCAACUUCCAACUAGGAAUUCUGCUUGAUUUCGAGAUUUCACAGUUUUUGGCUUCCAUCAGACUCCGUUCCUUUUGGCCACCACACACUUUUGACGUAGGCAGUUUGCACUCGCAAACACCGUCUCGUCGGCGUUCACAACUCCGAAUGCCGUCGUUUGAGAGAGUGCACCUGCUGGCAUUGCAAACGGUACACUGGAGAUUCAGUGACGACCCAAGUUUAUGUAGCUCAUUCCCCAUAAUCUAGAUCUUGUCCGUAAUAUAAUGGCGAAACAUCUGUCAAUGGUUCCAUCAGAGUCCACUGAGCCAGGCCCUGCAACUACGUUUCAAGCUGCAGACAACUCGGGAACGGAGGAGAUUGCUAUUCUGCAGAAUCCGCCUCUUGCACAACGGCCUACACGGCUGGAUGCUACGCCGCCACAAUGGAAAUGGUCAGCACCCCGCCCGACAACAGAUAGUCGACGACGGGACAGUGCAAGGGUUUCGUCUCCAAGGGUUUCCCUGUCCCGACCAGGGCAUGAAAGUGCAGGCAAUGCCAACUCGACUGGGUCUGGGGAAAACAGAUGGAGUCGCCGGAGAUCAUGGAAAAGAUUGUUAAUAACAUGCGGACUAGAAUAUCCUCCUUCAAUUACGGAAAGGCCACUUUGGUGGAGACCGUGGAGGAGCGCGAUCGCUGCUACUGUUCUCUGGUGGAUCAUCGCGUAUGUAGCUUUGCAAUAUACUCUGAAGGACUAUUCCUCUUUCUGGCCGCCCAACGGAGUAUAUGUGGGCUGCAUGAUCGUUUCAUCACCAUAUACCCGGCGGCUGAUCCCAUUCUGGAUGGCGCUAGGCAUAUACACUGUAAAUUGGGUAUGGAAGUGGCCGUGGCAGAUAUGUCUAGCGUUUACGAUCGUAAACUCGGUUGAGGCGCUGCUCGUGUCUUUUACAACAUUUACCUUGGCCAGUCUCCUUACAGAACCUGGUCCUAUCGACUUGACCAAAAGAGCCCACAUGAUAUCUUUUGGGAUUGGGUGUCUAACAAUUCUCAUCACUGCCCUCGGCGGUGGCUAUAUGACCAUGUGGCUGAUCAAUCCAUCUUUUGAAUACCAUGCUGCUUAUCUGAGAUGGCUAGGUCGGAACUUUGUUGGAAUGGCUUUGACGGCCCCCCUUGUUGUUUCCAUCGGACGCACAACUCCGGAGAAAAUCAAGAAUUUUAUACGAUACCAGCGCUCACGAUUUAUUCAAUCCGUAGUUUUGUCCGUUCUCGUCAUCGCGUGCCCUGCGAUAAGCAUGUAUUUUCUGGACCGGUCUAUUUUCUCAGCAAUCGUCGGACUCUAUUUAUGUUACCCGUGGGUUCUGUAUAUGAGCACUCUCCUGGGUGUCUUUGGUGCAGCUUUUUCCACCAUGUUGGUGGCACUAUCUGCGGCAACCACCGCGGUCAUCUUCAGCAAGUCUCACAAGGACACAGAUCAGAUCAUUCCCAUUUCUCAACAGUUGAUCUGGAUCCAGCUGUUCCUGUCUGUGCUCAUUUUCACUGCUUUAUCAUUCGUCACAAUCUUGGCGGAGAGAGAUAAAGCGUAUCAGAGCGUGGAGAACCGUGUCAAGAUACGGACCGCGGAAUUGACUGAUGCAUUGACAAAGUUGGAUGCAGCAAAGGGCAGAGCGGAAGGGGCGGACCGGGAUAAGGCCGUUUUUCUGUCGUUUUUGUGCCACGAACUACGUAAUCCCUUGCACGCCAUUACCAACAUGGCAGAAUUUUUAUUGGAAGACAUGGGAAAAGAGGCUGCGAUCAAGCAGCACAAGGAGAGCACGACACCUCUUUCGUCACAGGAGGAUUCCACAGGAGAUGUGACAGCCCAAUCGCUCGAAAAGGUGCCUCUUUUGCAGCGUGGGCCAGAGUAUAAGACACAGCCGCGGCGGCCUAGUCACUCCUCCAUGAGAUCAAUUGAGGAUUCACAACACCGAUCGGCACACGCAAUAAAACUCUCCUCUGAGUACAUGCUUGCCCUCGUCAACGACGUUUUGGAUCUAGGAAGGUUCGAAGCAGGACGGGUGUCCCUCGAGAACGUUUUGGUCGAUUUUUGGACUCUCUUGGAAGGCAACUUUUCAUGUGGCAGACAGCUGGCUCGGGGUCACGAUGUCGAGUUUUCUUGUAAUAUCAGUCCGGAGGUUCCAAAAUGGGUGGAAACCGAUCCGGUGCGGUUUCAGCAAAUCAUGAACAACUUGAUUUCAAAUGCUUACAAGUUCACCCCGGAAAAUGGCAAAAUUGGAGUAGAAGUCCGUUGUGUGACUGGCUGGUGGGCACCCAAAGAAUGUCAAUGGGGAGGUGUUCGCUUCGCUAAAAAGGCGUGGAAAGAAGAGGGGCCGGAGACCUUACAGGAGGAAGUCAUGAUUGAGAUAUUGGAGGCAGCAGAUGUGAACGGGAAACACGAACGCGAGCUUCUGCCACACGAAGAAUGUGAAGACGUUUCACCAAUGGUAGAGCUUCGAAAUGAGACAUUAGGCACGGUUUCUUGGGCGGUUCCCCUUGACAGUCCUUGUACGGAUGGAUCAACAGUGAUCAUACAUCACACCCCUCCAAAGGAGUGGUCGGCUCCGCAGCCGGAUUGGCGUGAAUGGGUCCUCCUUGAAAUUUCUGUCUGGGACACGGGUAUCGGGAUGGCACCAGACGUGGUUGCGACCUUAUUUAGACCGUAUGCCCAGGCAGCUGUAUCGACAAUGCGAGAAUACGGCGGUAGUGGGCUGGGCCUAGCUAUCACGGAACAAAUUGUCGCGUUGAUGGGCGGCACGGUUGGCGUAGACACAAAACCUGGUAAAGGGAGCAGGUUUACAGUUGUUCUGCCGAUACGGGUCAACGACCGUCCUGAAGAUGGGCUGGAGGUGAAGGUUACGCCGUUUGGAAAUAUGAGACGGAGACGAAGUUGGCGUCCCCCGAAACGUGAGGGCUCGACGAGAGAUCAGAGAACGGCUGGUAACUCGCCUUCAACCCUCCAAGCGGACAAUUGUGCAGAACCUUUACCAGCGUUAGUCUUACCCGUUAUCAAAACUCCCAGCUUGUCAGACAUGGCGCAGACACGGGUCGACCAAGGAGCGAAUAGUCUGUUGGAACUAGUAACAAUCGACGAGAAGAAACAAGGAGAACAUUCUAACCACCAAGAAUCGCUCCAAAUACCGCCAUUUGCCCCUGUUAUCCAUGAACAACCUGUCACGGAUUCACUACCCACCCAAACACAACCGCAAAAUUCCAUAGUCCCACUCAAUCUUUCAUCACCAAUGGAUCAUCCAUCCACAAAUAGUGCACCCAUCAUAACGGCGCCUCACGUACCUAUUUGCCGUCCCGACCACAGUGGGCGACAAAUACUGAUCGUCGACGAUUCCACCAUCAACCGCCGCAUCUUAUUACGGAUGCUACAAAAGAUGUUGCCGCCUGAUAAUUUGCGUAUAGAUCAAGCGGAGAAUGGACAGGAAGCUGUUGAUUUGGUCAAGAGGAGCAAAGUUGCCGGGAAGGCGGAUUGGUAUCAUAUCAUCUUCAUGGACAUUGUCAUGCCCGUCAUGGACGGAUACGAAGCCACACGCUCCAUUCGGGAUCUUGGCUGCGGAACUCCAGUGGUUAUCACAACGGCCAAUCAGGUGGUGGGCAACGCAGAGGCCGAAGAACAGCUGCGAGAAGUCGGUGCUGACGAAGCAGUUGGAAAACCGUUUACCAAGGAUGUCAUUAUUGCGGUUUUGAAACGAUGGAAUCUUAUGUGAUUGAUAUGGUGGAUUUCGUUAUUGCAUGUGGAUACGCGUUUUGUACAUAAUUCUGGCCUUUAUGAUUAAUUUAUUGAGUUUUUAGCAUGGUGUUGUUGUCCCG